UGGAGAGCGGAAUUGUGCACGAGAACGACUCAUUUUGAAAAGGAAAUUAUCUUAGACGAGGGCGUAGCAACUCAAGCUGUACAAGUUGCUCUCAACAUAAGACCCCUCAUUCAAGGGUGCAAGGGUUGCAUAACAGUUGUUCCUGGCGAACCACAGGUUCAAAUCGGCCAUCAUUCCUUCACAUUCGAUUACGUUUUCGGUAGUGCUGCCACACAGUUGCCAGGAAUCUUUAAAAAAUGUGUGAAACCGCUGGUUGAGGGGCUAUUCCACGGCUACAAUGCCACUGUCUUGGCGUAUGGACAGGUGUGUUGCUACUUGGUACAAAGUAUGUGCACAUUAUAGCAACGAAGCUUGUUCAAAUAGAGUUUUCACUUCUGUCCGGUAGUAGACAAUAUUGGAUGCGGAAUUAAGCAUGUGUAAUUAUGGAUCAAGAACUCAAAUGAGAUGGAAUGGGAUCAAAAUGGAACUAGACUUAGCAACUAUGUAUUUUUUAUUGUUUUGUACCCUUUCUAUUUUUUCUAUGCAAAUCAAAGUAGAUUGAAAAAAUAAAUGAUAUAGACAUCUUUAGGAGGAAGUUAAGAAUAAAGUCUAGCAAAAAUUAUCUAGAAAAAUUAGAUAUUGAUAUCCAAAGAGGGUCAAUUAUGAACCAAGGUCAAAAUCAAACUUUGAGGCACAAAAUCAAGCUUAGACAACAAUUCUAAGGUUCUUUGGAAGAUCAGAGAGCAAGAUUAGAGAGUAGACUUGAUAAAAUUUUGAUGAGUAUUAGUUUUGGAUGAUUUGGAUUUGUGUUGACUUUGUAA